AUGCUGUUGUUAGACGAGACGCAGGACAAAUUGAUCUUCGCCUUUCAAGAGGGGGACUGCAUAAUAACAGUACCGGGACAGAAGAAGGAAGACAAGCCCAAAUUUCCUCCUGAAGUGUCAUUCCAGUCUUGCCAGGGAAGUGGGACGCAAUACAAGCUGGAGAUGUCUCAAGCAUUAAGGAAGGCCGCGCUCGUCCGCGCUCAGGCUGGGUCGGCUACGAAUAAACAGCUGUCGGUGUUCAGCGGCACUGUCACAGCAGCAGCAGCAGCACUGCCUGGGUGCUUGGAGUCGAGCGCCUUAAGGAUAGGACGACCCACAAGCAUUAAGCGCGAGUCCGACCCAGCCGAUGCUUAUUUGUCGACAGCCACAAGUCGCCGUGACAGUGUCGUCGUCGUCGUCGUGACGGACCCACGAACCUCAGCUCGCGGAAUUCCUAUCCUCGACCCACAUGCCAUUGUUUCAAAAGCGAGGUUCAAGAAGCGCGAAGAAUCUAAAGCCACGGGGUUUCCAUCACCACCACUUAACCACGUAAGUUUGCGAGCUAUUUACUACCUCAAACGCCACUUGUUCUCCUCGGGUCUCCCGCCGGAGGAUCUGAACGAAACGCGGAUCCGUCAAAUGUGGGGUGAUCCGAUGAACCCGAUGAUCGUGGCAUUGCCCCUGAGCAUCGUUUACGGCGUCAUUUUCGUCACCGGCGUUUUCGGCAACGUGUGCACGUGUUUCGUGAUUAUAAAACACCCGACGAUGCGCACUGCGACCAAUUACUACCUCUUCAGCCUCGCUGUGUCAGACCUCUUGUUCCUAGUCAUUGGGUUGCCCGAAGAGGUGUACCUGCAGUGGUUCCGGUACCCGUACGUGUUUGGGGAGGCGUUUUGCAUUCUGAAGGCACUCACUGUCGAGGUGGCGACGAAUGCGAGCAUUCUCGUCAUCACUGCAUUCACGGCUGAACGAUACGUUGCCAUUUGCCAUCCGCUCAAGGCGCAGACCAUGUCCAAGCUUUCCAGAUCCGUGAAGAUAAUUCUCGGGAUCUGGAUCGGGGCUUUUGUCAUGGCCGUCCCGCAAGUCAUUCCCAUCAGACUCAAUCGGGAGAUGAACGGCGACGUGCCGAUAGCCGACCUCACUUUCUGCGGAGUGGCCCAGAACUGGAAACACUGGUCCCAGUUUAUGCUUCAGAUCUCAUCUUACCUCUUCUUCCUGGCCCCGAUGGUCAUUAUUUCCGUUCUGUACGUCCGGCUCGGGCUCCAGCUCCGUCGCACGAGUUUCAAGGUGGAAAAGAACGGGCGCGGGACGAGGAACAGUCAGCGCCACGACAAGAGCAACAAUAAAUCCAGGGAAGCCGUCGUCAAGAUGCUGGUUGCUGUAGUGAUUGCGUUCUUCAUCUGCUGGGCACCUUAUCAUGCCCAGAGACUGUUCUCUAUAUACUCGAGCGGAUACGAGUCGACGGAACCUGACGAGACUUUUCGGAUGGUGCAUUUCGCUCUGACGACGAUUUCGGGGAUUCUUUACUACGUGUCGGCCACCAUCAACCCGAUCCUCUACCACAUUCUCUGCUCGCGAUUUCGCGUGGCUUUCAAGGUGAGUGAAUUUAGUCGGAGUUCACUCCGCUGCUUGUUCUGGAUCUGUCGUCUCAAUUCCAUUUCCAACUUAUCUAAAAAUAAAAAAGAUCCCUCUGUUACUGUAAAUCUCAAUUGUUAUCGUUUCAGCCUAUAUUACAAACAUAACAAUGCUAUCAUCUAUGCUUUCGCGAAAAUUCAGGAUGCUACUGGAAUUUUUGUGCUUUUCCGAGGUAAAGAGACGCCAGAUUUGGAAAUAAUGCGAUGCAAGAAAAGAUCUUGCUGUGUAAAUAAUGGAAUGGAAAUGAUGCAUGCCUUCGCGCUUCGAACAGCAUGUAAGUCAGAGCUUCACAUUCUGAGAAGCAGUUUGCUCGCAGUUUUUCUUUUUUUUUUUCUUGCACAACACGAGAUUUUUUUCGUGUAUUUUUUUACCUACUCGAAUAUGAAAACAGUAUAG